AACCACCACACAGCUUAAGAAAGAGAAGAAGAAGAAGGAGCAAACAAGCGACGAGGGAAUCACUACGAAUCGCAUUUAUGAGCGCUAUGCCGAAGAGGAAAGUGACGUUUGAGGACGGGGACGGGGAGUUUGACCUGGAUGACGACACUCCAAACAAAAAGAGUUGUGAGGUCGUCAGUGGACCAGGCUCCAGGUUUAAGGGCAAACAUUCUCUUGAUAGCGACGAAGAGGAUGAAGGGGAUGACACAAACAGCAGCAAAUAUGAUAUUCUGGCCAGCGACGACGUGGAGGGACAAGAGGGAGCAACAAUCGACUGUGAUGAGGGAGUUCCUAUCACACCUUUCAACCUGGAUGAGGAGAUGCAGGAAGGACACUUUGACUCAGAGGGAAACUAUUUCAUCAAAAAGGAUCAAGAGAUCAGAGACAACUGGCUUGACAACAUUGAUUGGGUGAGAAUAAAAGAGCAACCUUUCAAACAAAAGAAGAAAGGUCUUGGAGCCAAACGGACACGCAGAGCUGGUGAUGAGGACGAGGCUGAGGAAGAGAAACAAAGAGAAGAGCAGCAGGCGCAGCGAGAAAAUGAAGAAGAGGAAGAGGAGGAGGAGACGGCGCCUGCCGAGGACCCACUGGCAUCCUAUACACAGCAUCAGCUCACCGAAGCUGUGGUCGAACUGUUGUUACCUGGAGAGACAGUAGCCACAGCCCUCCGUCGGCUAGGAGGGCUCGGAGGACGGAAGAAAGGGAAGCUGAAGCAAGAAAAUGAGCCCACAGAGGAGACCAAAAGGGAUGCAGAAAAGCUUGACAGGCUCACAGCUCUAGCUGACAGAUUGGUUGGAUCUGGGAUGUUUGAGAUCUAUCAGCAAACGUAUGAAAAACUGGCCUUUUUGAUGAAGAGCAUGAGCAACAAGCAACCAGCUGUGAAACCCUGUGGCGGCGAUGAUGAUGAUGACGACGAAGAAGACGAUGAACUUGACAUGUUUGCCGAUAAAUUUGACGACACGCAUGGCAGCAGAUCACGGCAGAAAGAAGACGGAAGAGUGAGUGAUGAAGUGAUGUGGGAGUACAAAUGGGAUGAGAAGGAUGAUUCAGAAGUUUACGGUCCGUUCACCAGUCAGCAGAUGCAGGAUUGGGUGGAUGAAGGCUAUUUCAGCAGUGGUGUUUACUGCAGGAGGAAGGACCAGGAGGGAGCUCAGUUCUACAACUCCAAGAGACUAGACUUUGAGCUCUAUACAUGAUUUAUGUCCAGCUUCAAGUUAAUCAGAAACGUCAUCAUCUCUUUCAGCACUCAUGUUUUGCCCUCUUCCGAGGUUUUGCAGUCAAACCUAUCAUUUUAACAGGGACUUAUGCUUUCUGUACAUUGUUUUUAAAUAAAUAACUCAUGUUUGUGGUGGUGC